AUGACGACUGAGAGCUACACGCCACUAGACGCUCCGCUAUUCCUGACUCCACAUGAUCCAGUCUUCACCGAUGCGCAAUGGGACUCUCUACUCUCGCUCUGCGACGUGGUUAUCCCUGCGCUUACCACUGAAAAAUCAACAAAAUCCUACCAAAAGAGAAUUACCACUGAAGAGUUCGAAUCGACCCUGUCAUCCAUUACCGCCAAUCUCAAGACCCCGGAUGCGGCUCAAGUAGCUCGCCAAUUUUUAGAAGAGAAUGUAUCCUCCAAUCCGCUGUUCAAGGAAGCUCUUCGUCGCACGUUCUCGUUAUAUGUCCCUCAAGAAGCCAAGAAUGGCUUGUCUAUGAUCUUGAGCGCACUCAACACCCGUGCUGGAUCUCUACUUUUAACCGGAUCAUUGACCCCCGUCCAAAACCAAUCCUUUGAUGCAAGAGAAAAAGUUCUAAACAGUUGGUUGACCUCUCGACUACCACAACUACGCCAGGUUGCCAGAUCUGUAAUGCUUUUAUCAAAACGUCAAUGGCUCGUUAAUAGUCCCACUGCAAACCAAAUCAUCGGUUUUCCCCGUGUACCAGCUUACGGCAAACCAGCAGAAUCCUUUGAGUACGAAUUCCUCCAAUUCCCUCCCGGCGAUGGAAUUGAAACUAUUGAAACCGACGUUGUCAUUGUCGGCAGUGGUUGCGGUGGUGGCGUUGCGGCAAAGAAUCUAGCCGAGGCAGGUCAUCGUGUGAUUGUUGUCGAAAAGGCAUACCAUUAUCCAUCUUCUUAUUACCCCAUGACCCAGAGCAGCGCCUUCGCGCACAUGUUUGAGCAAGGAGGUAACUGUAUCACGGACGACGGCUACAUGGCUGUAGUAGCCGGCGCAACCUGGGGUGGUGGCGGAACAGUCAAUUGGGGAGCCUCACUUCAGACGCAAAACUAUGUACGUCAAGAAUGGGCAGAUACCGGUCUACCGUUUUUCACAUCUUCGGAGUUUCAGAACUCGAUGGAUCGCGUCUGUCAGCGGAUGGGCGUACACGCUGAAUAUGAACAAAGUUUUCAGAAUAAAAUUACACUUGAAGGGUCCCGGAAAUUGGGAUAUAAUGCGCAAAUCAUCCCGACUAAUUCUGGAAACCAACCGCAUUAUUGCGGACAUUGUACUCUGGGUUGUCAUAGUGGUGGAAAACAAGGGCCUGCUGUAUCGUGGCUUGUCGACGCUGCAAAGGCUGGUGCUGUUUUCGUUGAAGGAUUCAAUGCUGGAAAAGUUUUGUUCAAAAAUGUCAACGGGAAGAAAGUGGCAUCCGGAAUUCAGGGUGUAUGGACGUCUCGAGACACCCAUCUGGGUACUUCAGGCAGGGAUGUUACACGGAGAAAGGUUCAAAUCACGGCAAAGAAAGUCAUUGUAUCAUGCGGUUCGCUCCAGAGUCCUCUAUUAUUGAUGCGCAGCGGCAUCAAGAGUAGUCACUUGGGCCGUCACCUCCACCUACAUCCAGUCCUAAUGGCCAGCGCCAUCUUUGAAGAAGAGACUCGACCCUGGGACGGCGAUUGUCUAACAACUCUAGUGACCGACUUUGAGAAUCUAGACGGCCACGGCCACGGCCUCAAAAUCGAAAACGUAACCAUGGUACCUAGCAUGUACCUGACCACAUUCCCCUGGUUCGAUGGCCUACAAUACAAGAAACUAGCCGCCAGCAUGAAUCACAUGGCUGGAUUCAUCACCUUGACCAGAGAUAAAGACUCAGGCCGCGUAUAUCCAGACCCGAUCAGCGGCCACCCACGAGUCGAUUAUACCAUCUCAUCAUUCGACCGCAAACAUAUCCUCGAGGGCUUAAUCGCCGCGGCAAAAAUAGCAUACGUCAGCGGAGCCACAGAAUUCCACACCUCAUACCGCGACAUGCCACCUUUCAUACGAUCCAAAACCCCCAAAACCGAAACAGAAGACGACAUCAACAACGGCGUAAACGACCCGGAAUUCCAAUUCUGGAUCAGCGAAUUCCGUAAAAGGUCCCCUCUAGUAGCAGAGGUCGGUACAGCAGCUAGCGCUCAUCAAAUGGGGACAUGUCGAAUGUCGAAUUCGCCUAAAAAUGGUGUCGUGGAUCCUGAUGGGCAGGUUUGGGGUACGGAGGGACUUUAUGUGGCGGAUGCAUCUGUUUUCCCGAGUGCGAGCGGAGUGAAUCCUAUGGUUACGAAUAUGGCGAUUACAGAUUGGAAUAGUCGCAAGUUGGUCAAGGUGUUGAAUAGGGAGAGAACUUUUCAAGAGAAAAAUCAACAAAGGCUCGCUCUGAUUGGCUAUAAGAUCAUAAAAUAUCAACUGCUUGCCGAAUUCCGUCGUCGCCCAAUGCCCUCGAGACAAUUCCACAGCAAAAAUAGACACGGCUGUAUUCCUUGCAAGAGGAGAAGAGUAAAGUGUAAUCUGGCCAGACCGAUAUGCAGGAACUGUGCCAGAAGGAAUAAAGUUUGCAUUUCAUCUCCUGGGCCGACAUCGACAGAGAGAAAUUCGACUAGACAGGCGAAUAUGGCUAAUAGUCAGAGCCUAAUCUACUUACUGCUCCGUAAUAUCAGCUAUAUCACAACAAAUGAUUCAUUUUCCACUCUCAGACCCCUAAACCCAGACCUCUUCUUCUUGGAAAGAUACUUCUCUCACAUUUGUCCAACACUAUCCUCCAGACCAGAGACCCAACGGAACUGGGCACAAGCCGUGACAGACCCGAGUCAAUCCUCAAAGCAGCCCCAUUACCUGACCCAUCUACAAAUCGCUAUUUCUGAACUCCACUUCUGUUUAAUAGACAGAGAUACUGCCAUCACGCUAUCAGAGAGGAAGCUGUAUCAAGAACAAAGUUUCUACCACCAGAAUGCCGCUUUGUCGAUACUGCGUCCCUUACUGGCCUCGGCGGAGGAGAUGCGUACAAGAGGUUUGGAGGAAGUCACAGCUUUGUUUAGUGCGGCUUGGUUGAUAUUCUUGUUUAAUCUUACUUUUCCGCGGGGAAUUAACUCGAAUAAGGAAUGGAUUUUGAAUGAGAUUCUGGAGUUGAGUGAAUUGUCAAAGGGGGUAGUGGCUGUUAUGUUAGGUGCUAGUGCUGGAAUUACCUCCAGCAACCAUUCAGCUAUUGAAGGACCGGUACACUGCAAGGAUGAGGAUGACGAAACUCGCGAUGCAAAGACUAGAGUCAUGUCCGGCCCAUUACGCCCCUUCUUCAACCAUCUCCUCCCCUGGAAGCAUGAAGAUGUCCCACCCAGCGUCCGAAGGCAAAAUCUAUCACCAUCCGCACAGGCACUUUUCGGUGAAAUCGAAUCAGCGGAGUUUACUACUGACGAUACAUACCGGAAAGAAUUAUAUCGCCUCGCAAUCGAAGAGCUCGAGCUGACCGCCGUGGCAAUGAAGGCACAUACCCAACACCCAUCGUUCAUAUUCAUGUGGCUCAUAGGAACAAAACGGGAAUUUAUGGAGUUGAUUAAACGAAGAGAUGAAUUUGCGCUGAAGAUUUUGAGGGAAUAUGGGCUUAUGUUGAAGACGGUGGAUGGGUAUUGGUGGGCGAGAGGGUUGGAGAGGACGACUGUUGAUGGGGUUGAUAGUGCGUUGAAGUCGUUGUCGGGCUUGCAGUGUAAGGGUUGA